GAAAAAUAGUUCAUUAUUGAAAUAGCUGCUUGAAAUUUGAGAGCGAAAAAAUUCAAUGGCUCCUGAAAGAAACAUGGCACUAGUUCUGUUCCUUGCAUUUUUUGUUUUCUUACAAGGAGCCUUUGGUGGACUAAUAUGCGAGGAAUUGCCAAUGGAACAGUGCUCAUACGCAGUUUCAGAAUCUGGAUAUCGUUGUUUGCUGGAGACAGAGGAAACAACAAAAUUCCAGUGCAAGACUUCAGGAGUCAUUGCCAACAAUGACAUUCAUGAUCAUAUCGAAACUGAUGAAUGCAUCAAAGCCUGCGGACUUGACAGAAAUAUCGUCGGGAUUUCAUCCGACGGCCUAAUCGACUCGCGAUCGCUCUCGAACAUUUGCUCUUUCGAUUGCUCACUAAACUGCCCCAACAUUGUCGAUCUUUACAAUGAUUUGGCUAUGGCUGAAGGAGCCGAUUUAACAGAAAUGUGCAAGGCACUUCAAAACAGCCCUCGCCGGAUGAUGAUGGUGUCUAAGGUUGUCCGGAGCUCCGGUAUCGCUUCCGGACCGGUAUCGGCGGCUUUUGCAAGUGCUCCAUAUGCUGCUGCUGCGGCCUUUGAUGAAGUACUGAGUCCUACUGCCUCGAUUGAAUAUGAUCAGAGUUUCAGUGAUGGCGCUUGGGCUCCUGCUCCUCUGUAAUCUAAUCAUCUUUGAUUUGUACUGUUGAAAUGAGUUUGUUGUUAUAUUUCUGCUAAAAAACUUGUGAUAGUAUGGAUUAUGUGUAUGAUGGACUUUCCAUGAUUUCUUGCUGAUAUAAACACUG